UGGGGAGACGUGGGGUCGGGUGAGGGGCUGGGACCCCCUGGUAGGGGCUGAGGACGCCCAGGGCUGGGGCUGCGGGGCCCGGACCCCCGGUGGGGGCUGGGACCUUCUCAGUGUGGGGCUGGGGUCACCAAGGAUUGGGGUGCGCGGCUGGGACUCGUCGGUGGGGCUGGAACCCUCUUACUCUGGAGUUGGGACCCCCCAAUGUGGGACUGGGGUCUCCUAGGCUGGGGGUGAGUGGCUGGGGGAUUCACCAAGUGUGGGGGAGGGAUCGCCCCAUUAUGGGGCUGAGAGCCCACAGUGUGCGGCUGGGAGGCCCAGGAGUGGGAAUGGGACCCCCAGGGUCGGAGUUUGGAUUUGAGACCCUCCCCGGUAUGGGGGCUGGGAGCUGGGAGGCCUAGGAAUGUGGAUGGGACUCCCUCGGGAUCGAGAUGCAGAGCUGGGACCCCUCAGUGUGGGGCUGGGGUCCCUAAGGGACUGGGGGUGAAGGGCUGGGAUCUCUAGGUACGGGAAUGGGGUCCUCUUGCAUGGGGAUGGGACCUCCUGAGGAUCGAGAUGUGGGGCUGGGGGUCCCUCGGGAUCGGAGUGUGGGUGUGGGGCUGGGACCCUCUGGGUGUGGAACAGGGGCUCCCCUGGGUGUGGGGCUGCGACCUCCCAGCGGGGUUGGUCCCCCUCAGUGUUGGGCUGGGGUCCCCGAUAGGGGCUGGGAACCACCAUUGUGGCGCUGGGGACUCGCACGGAUCAGGGUGCGGGGCUGGGACUUUCCACCGUGGCACUGAGGACACCCGGGCUGGGGAUGCUGGCUGUGGGUUCCCCGCGCGGGGGUCGCCGGUGUCACCCCCGCCUACUGGCGCUGGCGGAGCCAUCCCUGUCCCCAUCCCGGUGGCACCGAGCCCAGCGGCGCCUGGCACUGGCCGUGUCACCCGCGCGCUGGCUGGCGCCACCGGGCCCCCGCGGGGGGUUGGGGACACGGCGAGGGGCGGGUAGGGGCACGGGUGGGGAACCCCGAUGGGGUCGGUGGUGACCCCCGCCAGCUCCCACAGGUGGCCCCGGUGCCCCGAGGCGAUGGCCGAGGACCGAGAUGUUCGAUUUGUCACCGAGGAGAGCUUCGACUUCGGUGUGCUGUCGCCGUCUGACAGGUAUGGGAGGGUGGAGGAAGAGGAGGAUGAGGAUAGCCCGGGCAGGGGGUGCCGGCACGGGGGCAGCAACGGGCGCUGGAGUCCCCUGAGUGGGGCCCGACUGGAAGAGAUGGUGCGGGAGGCCACGCGCCUGGCGGCACAGUUGGAGGGGUGUCACCUGCCCGCUCCCGGAGACCCCCCCGGACCCGCCUCCACACCCCCCAGCACACCCCGCAGCCCCCGCCGCCAGACCUUCGUGGUGAAGGAUAGCCCGGUGCGGGCGCUCCUGCCCACCGUGGAGUCUCAGGGCCCUGCCCCCAGCCCCCGCCCCCCCGCCAAGCCCCGGGGGGCCUCUGCUGCCACCGGUGUCCCCAAGGCACCUCCCAGCCGUAAUUCCACAGCAGCGGCAAAGGGACCCUUGGGUAGCAGGGGGCUCCCCCCCAGCCGUGCGGGCCCACCCCGGCCAUGCCCUCCCCAGGGGCAGAGGGCUGGUGCCCGGGGCAGGUCAGAGCCCCCCCAGGGGGGAACAGCAGGUAGUUAUGGCAAGGGAAUGGGAACACCAUGGCCAUGGGGGCUCCUGGGCCAGACGCCAACCCCCCCUCUCUCCCCAGGCCAGGCUAAGGUGAGGGGGGGCACAGUUUCCUGCCCCCCCCCAACCCGCCAGCCCCACACCAGGACCACCACCACCCCUGUGCCCUCCAGCUGUUCCCCGGCACCCACUGCCCUCCCCAAGUUGUCCCCUCGGGCUCCAGCAGCGGGUGGGAGGACCCCCACCCCCAGAGGUGCAGGGGCAGCACGGGCAGCCCCCACAACUGGUGCCUCGGGGUGCAAACCAGGACCCCCUCCCACCCGCCUGCGGUCCUCCCGCAAGACGGCGGUGAGCAGCACCCCGAGGUGACACCCCCAAACCACCCCACACCCACCCAGAGGCCCUGGGGGCACCCAGACCCCCCCUAGGUACCAGCUAAGGUACCUAGGCUGGGGGGGGCAGAGCCACCCCAGGGAUGAGUUGAGACAUCCACUGGGUUUUGGAAGGAGGCAGGCAGCACCAGGGGCCCCCAGGGAGCAGCCAAGGCACCCGUUG